GGGGGGGAGGGGCGACACAGUUUCCAUCCUUCGCAGCUUCUGAACCGGAACCACCGCACUUCCACCUGCUGCACGCGACGACGACACGCCGGCCGUGUGUGCCUCUACAGCGGGGACACGAUGGGCAACCUGCCACUCUUCAGCGGCCUGUUCGCAGCAGACUCCCCCAAGCCUGACAGCAGGUUCAGCAGCAGGACCAUCAGCAAAGGCAUCAUUUACUUCCAGUCUUCUCCUCCGACCUCUGACCCGCUUCCUGCGUCCUCCCCGAGCCACGUCCAAUCACAGCCCUCCUCGUCCUCCCGCCCUCUCCUCCUCUUCCUGUCCUGGCUGGGCGCCCAUCCGGCGGCGGCGUCCAAGUACUUCCACACGUACUUGGAGCGCGGCAUGGACGUCCUGCUGGUGCAGAGCAGCGUGCUGCACUUCCUCUGGCCUUGCUGGGGGCUGGACUACGGCGGGGAGGUCCUCCGAGUGCUGGAGGGGCCCGAGUUCAGCGGGCGGCCCCUGCUCAUCUAUGCCUCGUCCAUCGGGGGCUACACCUUCACACAGGUGCUCACCCACGUGGCCCACAGGCGGGGUGAACAUGACGCGCUGGCCCGCAGGGUCGUAGGUCACAUCUACGACAGCCUGGUGGUGGGCACCUUGGAGCACAUGGCCACAGGCCUGGGCAAGACGCUGGCGCCGCGCCUGGAGCGCGUGGUGAAGAGCACCGCCAUGUUCUACUUCUGGCUUUUCAAGAGCAGCACGGCCGACGUCUACCUGCGCGCCAUGCAGGUGUUCGACAGCAGCCCCGUCACGGCGCCGGCGCUCUUCUUCUUCAGCGAGGACGACGCCCUGUGCGACACGGCCGCGCUGGAGAGGACUGUGGCGCGAUGGCGGCGGAGGGGCGUGGCCGUGCGGAGCCGGAAGUGGGUGCGCUCCAAGCACGCCGCGCACAUGCGAUGCCACCCGGAAGAGUACCGCUCAACGCUGGAGAGCUUUUUGAACUCGCUGCCUUUGACACCCAUUGGUGCACUAAUUUAAAUAUUAACAUGCCUGACAUUAUUAACAUAUCUGCUUUAUUCGCAUCCUUUUUAUACUGGCCACAACAUUAGGUACACUCGCUGCAAUAUCACUCACCCCGUGUGCCUAAUGAAAUGUCCCUUGUAAUAUGCACACUUUUCAGCGCUCAUGCAAUCUCAAAUUAAUCCAAAAUCGACAUUUAGAUUAAAAAAUGUAUCGCUUUGGAAUUGGAGAAAACAAAGCGUAACGUUAGCUGAAAAAGUUAGCAUAUGUCAGAUACCAAGUUAAAUGACUCCAAGGUUUAUGGCAGUGGAAUUAGAGAAAAAAAAGUGUAAAAUUAUCUGAAAAAGUUAGCAUGUUAACAUUAGCAGGCUAACAGUUCCAUCCAUCCAUCUUCCUCCGCUUAUCCGAGGUCGGGUCGCGGGGGCAGCAGCCUAAGCAGGGAAGCCCAGACUUCAAUCAAUGUUUAUUUAUAUAGCCCUAAAUCACAAGUGUCUCAAAGGGCUGCACAAGGCACAACGACAUCCUCGGUACAGAGCCCACAUACGGGCAAGGAAAAACUCACCCCAGUGGGAUGUCUAUAUAUAUAAA